GGGCGGAGCGCACUUUGGACCCGGAAGUGAGUUUAACUUGACAGAUUAUAGCUGUUGAUGCAGAAGAGAGAGAGAGAGAGAGAGAGAGAGAAGAGUAAUGAAGUGAAAACACAGAGUGUAAUACACUCCUGACAGCUCGGUGUUGACUUCGCGACAGAGUUAUGCUAGCAAGACUUAGCUAAAAGCUAAUAAUAAAUAGUAGAGUAGAAGUAGCGCGAUGUCUCCGGGCGAUGAUCCUCACCUCCUCCUGGGGAGAAUCCGCUUCCUGAACCGGUGUAGUGAGUGUUUCAGGAGAAGCGAGCCGCUACCGGAGAGCCUGUGCUUCGUGCCGAAGGAGGUGUGCUAUAAGAUCUGUAGAGACUCUUCAUCCAGCUCGGUCUCCUCCUCUUCCUCAGCCUCCACAUCAGCCGCUGUAACAGGGGGGAUUGUGUUAAUCCCGGCGUGGGAAAGUCCACAUCAGGCUCCGAACAAGAAAUCCUGCAAGUUUACCAUCGAGCCGAAGAAAGGGACCUGUAUCAGGACCUCAGGGGAGGAGUACUACAACAGCCAUGGCCUGUGGGUCAAAAUAACCAAGGAGCAGAUGGAACAGUACCGCAGUGGUGUGGAUUUGGAAGAGGGCUGGAUUUUGGCGUGUAAACACACAGAAGGAGGAACCCGACUGGUUCCUGUUGAACAUCCCGACUCAGUGAGCAGGCAGCAGCAGCUGUUCGGCUUCGACCACAAACCCUGUAACAGGUGGGAGGAGGUGGUGGAUGCGGAAAACUGUUUCCACCUCGGCGCUCGACCCAAAAUCGCAGAGAGAGACGAAGCUGCAGUGCAGAAACUCAGGUACAUUCCUCCCACCUGGACAUUUGAGUAUGAUGAGGAUCUGGUUCAUUAUUUUUAUGAUCAUGUUGGGAAAGAGGAUGAGAACCUGGGCAGCGUGAAACAGUGUGUGAACAACAUCGAUGUCUCCUCCUGCUCGAAGGACCCGAGUGGAGGCGCUGCGUGUCUGACUGACGGAGACACGGAGACGUACUGGGAGAGCGACGGCAUGCAGGGACAGCACUGGAUACGCUUACACAUGAAGAGAGGAACCGUGGUCAGCAAGUUGUUGUUGAGAGUGGAUUCGACGGAUGACACCUACAUGCCCAAACGCGUGACUGUGUACGGAGGAGAAGGAGACAAUCUGAAGAAAUACAGCGACAUCACCAUCGAAGAUAACCUGAUCGGCGAGGUGUGUGUGUUAGAGGACAUGAGCACACACUUACCCAUCAUCGAGAUCCGGAUUGAGGAGUGUAGAGACGGAGGGAUUGAUGUGAGGAUCAGAGGACUGAAGAUUAAAUCCUCCUGCGAGAGAGAUCUGGGUCUGAACGCUGACGUGUUCAAAUCACCCAACCUAGUGCGCUACCCGCGACUGGAGGGCACGCCGCCUGACGUCCUGUACCGCCGCAUGCUCGUUAUCCUGAGGUUUAUCACGAUCCUGGACAGUCUGCUGCCUCACCUGGUACCUGCGUGGGACUACAGCCUCGGCACCUUUAACCAGAUUAAAAAUAUAAAGCAGUUCCUGUUGCUGUCGAAGCGUCGCUCAGCUCUCAUUAUUCAGUGUCUGAAGGACUCGGAGUCCAGUAAACCCAGCUUCAUGCCCCGCCUCUACAUCAACCGCCGCCUGGCCAUGGAGCACCGCGACAACCCGAGCCUCGACGCCAGCUGCAAACACGCUGUCUUUACUCAGGUGUACGAGGGUUUGAAGCCAUCGGAUAAAUAUGAGAAAACUCUGGAUUACAGAUGGCCUGCGCGUCAUGAUCAGUGGUGGGAAUGUAAAUUCAUCGCAGAGGGAAUCAUCGAUCAAGGUGGUGGGUUUCGGGACAGUCUUGCCGACAUGUCUGAGGAGCUCUGUCCCAGUUCAGCCGAAUGUUUAAUUCCUCUACCGUUCUUCACCAGAACCUCCAACCAGGGAGCGGGAGAAGCGAGAGAUUUUUACGUGCCGAAUCCGUCGUGUCGAGAUUUCCAGAAGUUUGAGUGGAUCGGGCAGCUGAUGGGCGCGGCACUUCGGGGGAAAGACUUCCUGGUGCUGGCGCUGCCCGGUCUGGUGUGGAAGCAGCUCAUCGGAGAAACCAUCAGCUGGAGUGAAGAUUUUCCUGCAGUCGACUCCGUGCUGGUGAAGCUGUUAGAUGCCAUGGAGCACGUGGACAAGGCCACGUUUGAGUUUAGGUUUGGUCAGGAGCUGGUGUACAGCACACCGCUGAGCGACGGCCGCCUCGUCGAGCUCAUACCUGGAGGAAGCUCAGUAGUCGUGCGCUACGAAGAGCGCAUGGAGUUCAUCCGCCUGGUGCAGAAAGCCCGGCUGGAGGAGAGUCGUGAACAGAUAGCUGCCAUUCAGGCAGGUCUAAUGAAGGUGGUUCCUCAGGCUGUACUGGAUCUUCUGACAUGGCAGGAAGUGGAGAAGAAAGUGUGUGGAGAUCCAGAAAUCACUGUGGAGGCCCUCAAACGCAUGACUCGUUAUGAGGAUUUGGAACAGAAUGAUGUCAGAGUGCAGCACCUGUGGGAGGCGCUGACCAACUUCACCAACGAGGACCGCAGCAGAUUCCUGAGGUUUGUGACGGGCCGAAGUCGUCUUCCUGCACCCAUCUACAUCUUCCCUGAUAAACAAGGAUCUGAAACCACAGACGCUCUUCCGCAGUCCUCGACUUGUUCCAGCACGCUUUAUUUACCAAAAUACCCAAGUGCGAAGGUGUGUGAGGAGAAACUUCGCUACGCUGCGUAUAACUGUGUGGCCAUCGACACAGACAUGAGUCCGUGGGAAGUGUGACAGACACACGCCACAUUUUUGCAUCAGUAACUGUAACACAAAUCUACAUAAUCACACCUGUACACACCUGUACUAUCCCAUAUAAACAGCUGUACAAAAUAAACCCAUUAAAAAUGAAUGCAGUUUAAUCUGCUGUGAUGCACGA